AUGGCAGGGUUCUCUUCAAUGAGUCCAAACACUUUAACACCGGACAUCAUCAAACCCGAUAUUACAGCACCCGGGGUUAAUAUUUUGGCAGCUUGGUCUCUAGCAAACACUGAACUCACCGCUGGGCGAACACUUGACUAUAACAUAAUUUCUGGUACUUCCAUGUCUUGUCCCCAUGCUUCUGCAGUGGCUGCAAUUAUAAAGUCAUGUCAUCCUUCUUGGAGCCCAGCAGCAAUAAAAUCUGCAAUAAUGACAACAGCUACAGUCCUAGACAACACUAGAAACUUCAUUAAAAAAAAUCCCAAUGGCACCCAAACCACGCCUUUUGACUAUGGAUCUGGGCACAUAAAUCCAGUUGCAGCAAUGGAUCCCGGACUAAUUUACGAUUUUGAUUCCAGUGAUAUUAUCGAUUUCCUCUGCAGCACAGGUGCAAGCUCUGCACAACUGAAAAACCUCACCGGCAAGCUAACUUAUUGCAAGAAUCCUCCUAAACCGUCAUAUGAUUUUAAUUACCCAUCCAUUGGGGUAUCCAAGAUGAAUGGAAGUUUAUCGGUGCAUCGAACGGUCACAUAUUAUGGUGAAGGUCCAACAAUUUAUUGUGCACUACUAGAAUAUCCAAGCAAUGUAAAUGUUACAGUUAUACCAAAUGAGAUCAAGUUUGCAAAGUUUGGGGAGAAGAUGUCUUUUAGGAUAGAUUUCACUCCUUUCAAGAGUAGUAACGGAAGCUUUGUGUUUGGAGCUUUAACAUGGAGCAAUGGCACCCACAGGGUUAGGAGUCCCAUUGGCCUUAAUGUGCUUUCUGUCUUCUGCAAGAACAAUACUCUAGAUCCUACCUUAAUUAAGGGGAAGGUCGUUGUGUGCACAAUUGAGGUGCUUACUGAAGACCCCACAGAAAAGGCCAUUUUUGUGGAACAAGGUGGUGGUGUUGGGAUGAUACUCAUUGAUCCACCCGAUAUUACAGCACCCGGGGUUAAUAUUUUGGCAGCUUGGUCUCUAGCAAACACUGAACUCACCGCUGGGCGAACACUUGACUAUAACAUAAUUUCUGGUACUUCCAUGUCUUGUCCCCAUGCUUCUGCAGUGGCUGCAAUUAUAAAGUCAUGUCAUCCUUCUUGGAGCCCAGCAGCAAUAAAAUCUGCAAUAAUGACAACAGUGGCUGCAAUUAUAAAGUCAUGUCAUCCUUCUUGGAGCCCAGCAGCAAUAAAAUCUGCAAUAAUGACAACAGCUACAGUCCUAGACAACACUAGAAACUUCAUUAAAAAAAAUCCCAAUGGCACCCAAAUCACGCCUUUUGACUAUGGAUCUGGGCACAUAAAUCCAGUUGCAGCAAUGGAUCCCAGACUAAUUUACGAUUUUGAUUCCAGUGAUAUUAUCGAUUUCCUCUGCAGCACAGGUGCAAGCUCUGCACAACUGAAAAACCUCACCGGCAAGCUAACUUAUUGCAAGAAUCCUCCUAAACCGUCAUAUGAUUUUAAUUACCCAUCCAUUGGGGUAUCCAAGAUGAAUGGAAGUUUAUCGGUGCAUCGAACGGUCACAUAUUAUGGUGAAGGUCCAACAAUUUAUUGUGCACUACUAGAAUAUCCAAGCAAUGUAAAUGUUACAGUUAUACCAAAUGAGCUCAAGUUUGCAAAGUUUGGGGAGAAGAUGUCUUUUAGGAUAGAUUUCACUCCUUUCAAGAGUAGUAACGGAAGCUUUGUGUUUGGAGCUUUAACAUGGAGCAAUGGCACCCACAGGGUUAGGAGUCCCAUUGGCCUUAAUGUGCUUUCUGUGUAG